CAAGACAAGCUCAUCACACAGCAUCAGAAAAUACACUUGGAGACUUCAACAAAAGUAUCCAAUUAAAAUGGCAGACACAGCCGUUGCACUUCCCGCCGACAAGAAGGCCCCUCCCAGAUUCAAGCAGAGGGCCGCUCGUACCUUCAAGAGCAAGGCACCUAAACCCGGCCAGAAGGGAUUUGGAGACGAUAUCCCCGGCAUGGAAGGUCUUGGCACAGACAUCACAGUGGUUUGCCCAUGGGAAGCCUUCGGGGACAUGGAGCUCUGUGACCUGGCGAAAUAUGGAAUUGUUUAG